UCUAAAUUUUUUUCGGUUUAAUAAUGCCGCUUUUUAAGAAAGGAGGAGCAAACUUCAGCGAUUCUCGUAAAGGUGAUGGAGAUAAGAAACAAUCAAGUAAUCGAUUUUCUGGUGUUGGAGCGGAUAACAGUUCACAUAAAAACACAGUUACACAGCCUCCUGUUCAAAUCCCGGCGCAGCAGCAGACUUCCAAUUCAAAUGCUUCGAGAAUCCCUCCUCAGCCACAACCCGAGUUAAGACAGCAACCAGCACCACCUCCUCCUCCUCCUAAGUUUGUAUUUUAUUGUCAGUUGGCCCAUGGAAGCCCUACUGGAAAAGUGGAAGGGUUUACUAAUGUAAAGGAACUCUACCAGAAACUCGGGGAAGUAUUCAAAAUUCAAGCUAAUGAGAUCUUGUUCUGCACACUAAAUACGUUUAGAAUAGACAUGGAAAGGUUACUUGGAGGUCAAAUUGGACUUGAUGACUUUAUUUUUGCACACACAAAAGGACAACGGAAAACUGUGAAAGUACUUAAAACAAGUCCAGCUUUGGGUCUUACGAUAACAGAUAAUGGGGCAGGAAGUGCAUUUAUCAAGCGCAUCAAAGAAGGAAGCAUUGCAGAUGAAGUGGCUCAGAUUUGUGUUGGAGAUCAUAUUGAAGCUAUAAACAACACAGCUGUUAUUGGUACAAGACACUAUGAUGUAGCACGGAUGUUACGAGAGCUUCCAGUGGGAGAGCAAAUCUCUUUUCAGUUAGUUGAACCAAUGAGAGGCUUUGAGGGUAUUGGCCCAAGAACAGCAAGUCGUGGAGCAAGUUCUGUGGCUGAAUCCCCAGCAGCUGCUAAUGCAGUGGGAAGUGGAAAGGCAACUCUUCGACUGCGAUCCAAGGGUCCACCUGUUGUUGACACUGAAGAGGCCCCAGCAUGGGAAGUCAAAGCUGCUCAGAAAAUAGAUGACUUGUUGGAAAGCUUCCUUGGAAUAAGGGAUCCAGAUUUAGCUGAGACACUGGUGAUGAAGGGUAAGUCACUUUCUAAUCCAAGUGAUUUUGCUGUUGCUGUGGAUGAAGAAUUUUCUGACUUCCAGUUCCCUGAUGACUUUGUAUUUGACAUUUGGGGAGCAGUGUCAGAUGGAAGAAGUGGACGAUUAUAAUAAUUAUCACAUUACAUUCAAAUUUAAUAGAGAAAGUAACCUUGUGGUACAAAACUGGAAAAUAGAGCAAACGAUAUACAUGUAAAGUAUGUACACUAUGUGUAGAUACAGAUUAGUAAUAGUAAUCAAAUCAAGUGGAGUACAAUUUAGGAAGUAAUGGAGCAAUUAAUUUCAAAGUCAGACAAGCACACAGCAUGAGGCAAGUUACAAUACUGCACAAGGUCUAAUUAUUAAAUGAUCUACAUACCAUUAACAAAUUUUCAGAUUAAGAAGUCUUAGAACUCAUGAAAAAGUCAGUAGUAUUUUCCUUGAGUUUUACAAUCAUUAGGGAAACAUCAAGGAGGAAACCAUUUAAGUUCACAUAAUUGACACACAAAUGGUGUAGUUGUCCAAUUACAAGUAUCAAAUUACAAAAAGGUGUCAUUGGUCACCUGUAAUUGGACAGAUGGUUUGCUGACUAUGUGACAAAUAGCAGGGGUUUCAAU